CCACCCGACUCGUUGCUCCGCCCAGAGGAGGGCGCGCCGCGGGGGUCCUUCCAAGAUGGCGGCGCAGAGGAGGAGUCUGCUGCAGAGUGAGCAGCAACCGAGUUGGACAGACGACCUGCCACUCUGCCACCUCUCUGGAGUGGGAUCAGCCUCCAACCGCAUCUACUCUGCUGAUGGCAAGGGCACUGAGAGCCACCCUCCGGAGGACAGCUGGCUCAAGUUCAGGAGUGAGAACAACUGCUUCCUCUAUGGGGUCUUCAAUGGCUACGAUGGCAACCGGGUGACCAACUUUGUUGCCCAGCGGCUGUCCGCAGAGCUCCUGCUCGGCCAGCUCAACGCCGAGCACACCGAGGCUGACGUGCGGCGGGUGCUGCUGCAGGCCUUUGAUGUGGUGGAGAGGAGCUUCCUGGAGUCUAUCGACGACACCCUGGCUGAGAAGGCCAGCCUCCAGUCCCAGCUGCCAGAGGGCGUCCCUCAGCACCAGUUGCCUCCUCAGUAUCAGAAGAUCCUUGAGAGGCUCAAGACGCUGGAGAGGGAGAUUUCAGGAGGAGCCAUGGCCGUGGUGGCCGUCCUUCUCAACAACAAACUCUACGUCGCCAAUGUAGGUACGAACCGGGCACUUCUAUGCAAAUCUACGGUGGACGGGUUGCAGGUGACCCAACUAAACGUGGACCACACCACAGAGAAUGAGGAUGAGCUCUUCCGCCUCUCACAGCUGGGUUUGGACGCAGGAAAGAUCAAGCAAGUGGGGAUCAUCUGUGGGCAGGAGAGUACCAGGCGCAUUGGGGAUUAUAAAGUCAAGUACGGCUAUACUGACAUUGACCUGCUCAGUGCUGCCAAGUCCAAACCCAUCAUCGCAGAGCCAGAAAUCCAUGGAGCACAGCCUCUGGAUGGGGUGACCGGCUUCCUGGUCCUGAUGUCUGAGGGGCUGUACAAGGCCCUGGAGGCCGCCCACGGGCCUGGCCAAGCCAACCAGGAGAUUGCUGCAAUGAUUGACACUGAGUUCGCCAAGCAGACCUCCCUGGAUGCAGUGGCCCAGGCUGUGGUGGACCGGGUGAAGCGCAUCCAUGGUGACACCUUCGCCAGUGGUGGGGAGCGUGCCAAGUUCUGCCCACGACACGAGGACAUGACCCUGCUGGUGAGGAACUUUGGCUACCCGCUGGGUGAAAUGAGCCAGCCCACACCAACCCAGGCCCCAGCUGCAGGGGGCCGCGUGUACCCCGUGUCCGUGCCCUACUCGAGUGCCCAGAGCACCAGCAAGACUAGCGUGACCCUCUCCCUCGUCAUGCCCUCCCAGGGCCAGAUGGUCAAUGGGGCCCACAGUGCUUCCACCCUGGACGAAGCCACUCCCACGCUCACCAACCAGAGCCCUACGCUGACCCUGCAGUCCACCAACACCCACACCCAGAGCAGCAGCUCCAGCUCCGACGGCGGCCUCUUCCGCUCCCGGCCCGCCCACUCUCUCCCRCCUGGCGAGGACGGCCGCGUGGAGCCCUACGUGGACUUUGCUGAAUUUUAUCGCCUUUGGAGCGUGGACCAUGGCGAGCAGAGCGUGAUGACGGCRCCGUAGCCUGGCCAGCGAGUACAGCCCAGUGGACCUCAAGUGAGGGCRGGAGCCAGCCCUGGUUCAGCCUUUCCUGACUGCCUGUGCCCAGGAGCAGGGGCACCCCCGUCCUCGGCCUGCACCAGCCUCUGCCCCGUGGCUCUUGGGCUGUAGAGCUGCGGGUGCAGACUGUGCUGCUUGUCCAUGCCUUGUCACCUCGCGGGAGGCUGGAGGCCACUCUGCCACAGCCUCAGCCAGGACAUUGCUGUUCCUCAGAGCAAGGGCCCAAGUGUGGAAGCUGUAGCUGGCCUGCAGGCCACCGGGGAUUCCUUCAGCCCUGCAGCAGCGUGGGAAGAGGCUGUCCUGUGGGCCCCGAGUGCCACCAUCUCCUGUAAAAUAACCUGGGCCACUGCUAGCGCCCCUCCACUCCCAGGAAGUGGUUUCCCCUCUCCAGCUUCUCAGCCUCGUGUUCCCAUGGCCACCGGGACCAGGUCAGACGGAGAGGACCCGAGAGAACUGGCCUAAGAGAAGCCCUGGAGCUGCCAGAGGGGCGUGCACUGGGCAGCUGGGCCUUCCCAAGAGGGUGCUGGAGAGGUGAGGCUGAGCCCCGCUGAGCUGUGAAGAGGCAGGGCAGGCCCAAGUCAGUGAGCCAGUUCCACCCUGCAUCCUCCCUACUGGUGCUAGGGAGGCCACAUUAGGAACAGGUGAGGUGCGUGGCCUUUACACUGGGGACGAUUCUGGAAGACUCUGGUUGACACACUGCCUGUGGGUCAGGCUGAGGGGCGUGGUCAAGAGAAAAGAGCAAAAACUGGUUCCACAAGGGAAGAGAUGCCUCAAGGCCUUGAAGGGGAAGGACUGGGCUGGCCAGGCCUGGGCUGCACCGCUUCACACGGUCUGUCACCACUGGAGGGACACCRCCAGGGCUGCCAGGAAGGGUUGCCAUUCCCAUUUUCAGAGGAGGAAACAGAGACUUGCUCCUUGCCAGUGUCACACCAUCGAUGGCAGAGCUGGAGCUCAGGCCUGUGGCUUCUUUAGAGUCUGCAACCCAUGAUGUCCCUCUGGCCAGGGACCUGCCACCACUGAACAGCCCCAGUAUGCUUGUUCUCUGUAGUGUGGAGGCUGGCCCCAGGGUCCCCUGCCUGCUCCAUGAUCCCAAAGUCCAUUUCUGCAGCAGAGCUGAGGCCAGUGCAGUGCCAGGGACAGGCCGGGUCUCCUGGGGAAGCAGAGGAAAGGCAGCUGCCCGCCCCUGUGAAGCCCCCCAUCGCUCUCCUGCAGGGAGCAGGUUAAACCGUCACAAAGGCUCUGGAACAAAGGGAAUUCUCCCAGGAAUGCCUCGGACGCUGUUUGGCUGUUUGGUCUCUCGCAGUAGAGUUCUGUUUUUAAUGCAGUAAAGUCACACAGGGUGGCGUCACAUGGUGCAGUGUCUGUCCCACAUGACUCUCUCCCUGGGAGGUGGCUGCCUCCUGUCCUGCCCAGGAUGCUAAGGACCAAGCUAGCCAGGCUGGUAAGGGCAGGGAUGGGGUGGAGCCAGGGGUUCUGACUACAGCUGUGCCCAUCGUCCCCAGGGGAGCACAGGCACUGCCUGCCAGGCGCUCACAGCCACACCGUUGCCAGGCGGCAGGGCCCCAGCCGUGCCAGGGGCUCCCCUGUGGUGCUCUCCUCACUCCCUGAGAGAGUGGAAGCCCAGGGCCUCUGUGUGUGGGUGGUGCUGUGGUCACCAGGGGAGGGGCCUCACCCUCUGGCUAGUUUGCUCUACUUGGCUUUGUUUGGUUAAGGAUGUUCUAUAAGCACCAGGCCGCAGGGGGCCUCUUUCUGCUCCCUGGGACAGACUCUCCCUCUGGAAGCGCAGGCCUGGCAGGCUGGGUGCUGCUUUGGUCCAGAGCUGUGGGUGUGGUCAGGGAGUCCUGCACACCUGCCUCACUGYCAGGCCUUUCAGAGUCUCUUCCUCCCUCAGCACCCAGCCGUGCCCUGGUGUCUGAUGACCACGGGGCCCUGCACACUCCUGCAGCCAUGGUGUCCCUCCGGCCACCCUCGGGGAGGUGGUGAGAGCACUGCUCUCUGGUGAGCCACAGGUGCAGGAGGCUUGAGCUGCCAGGCCUGGGCUGCACCGCUGCACACGGUCUCCGUCUCCACUGGAGGGACAGUGCCAGGGCUGCCGGCAGGCUGGCCGUUCCCCUUCUCAGAGGAGGAAACAGGCCACAUCCAACCCGAAGGCCCUGGGCACGCCCUAUUGGCCUUGUCUCCGUCCCUUGCUUUGGUGUCAUUUAGCUCUGUGUGAGCCCUCCUGAGGRCAAAUGGAAGGACACCACUGGAGGCCGGGUCCCCUUGGCUGAUGGUGAGGUGAGAGUGUGGGACUGAGGGAAGAGCCAGAGGUCAGGACUGGGAAACGUCCGACGGCCAGGCAGAGCUGUGCCGUGGCCAGUCACUGGUGAGCGUCUUCUCCAGGUGUCCAACAGGUGGCAGGYGGCUGGCCCUGGGCCCAGGGUCUUAGGGCUGACCCCUCCCACAGCUCUAGGGGGAGACCCUCGUUCCCUGAGGCAGGUGAGAGCCGGGAAGCCCACUGCCAGCCCCAUCCCUUGACAGCAGCCUGGGGCUCCACUGGGGCCCUGGACUGGACCAGCCAGAGAGCAAGGUCCCCUGGGCCACCACUGGUUGCUGUGACUUCCGGGCCUGGCCCCGGCCUCUGACUAUCCUGAGCUGGCCAUCCACCAGGCUGCAGCGCAGGUUCCCAAGACACCCCUGCUGAUGGGGCACCUCCAUGGGUGGCUGUGGGAGGGGACAGGAGCAGGGACUCUGGCUACCCUGAGUCACAAGGGAAGGCACAGGUGCUCUCCGCAUGCUGCCCCCUUCUCGUUCCCUCCUGUGGGAGGCCACCUGCCCACUCUGCUCAGUUUUCCUAGAAACUCACAAAUGUCACUUGCUGCUUUAUCUGUGUCAUCUCCCUUGUCCACUGUUAUCCAUUUUGUGAGRACAGCGACUUUGUGACCUUUACUCCACUGGCUCCAGCCCUAAGGCCCCUAGUGGGCCCUCUCACAAGUGCUUAGGGACUCAGUGGACGAGUGAGUGGGGGGAGGACUCGUCCUGUGACCUGGGCCAGGGGCUCGCKCUGAGCCUUGGUCUUCCCCUCUGUGAAGAUAGGACCUGCUUGUUGAGAUUAGCCAGUGGCCCCAGGCGGUCCCCUCCCUACCUCUGCCCUCCCGCCCSAGUGGAGCCUGGUCCAGGACACGUCCCUAGAGGAACACUACCCACAGGCACAUGCUCAAACCUGGGGUGGGGGGGACGGACAGCAGGCUUGAUGYCCCUGUGGCUGCUGGGACCCAGGGGCUGGGUGGUGGCUGUGGUUCUUGCCUCCUCUCAGCCGCAGACAGAGGCCGUGACCAGGCCCCCUACUCCCCCUCAGGAGUCUUUGGUGAUGCUUCCUUCUGGGGACCUCCUGAAACCUGGGAGAACUCUGGUCACUGCCACUCCUGGUGGGCUCAGCACAAGCACACUCUGUUCCCACUCAAAGGUGACACCAGCCCAGAGCAGACCAGUGCUGGACAUUUCCUCGAGACUGGGUGGCCUCAUGAGGACAGACCGCCUGGCAGCCAGCCUUGAGCAGUGUUGACCCCAGUGCCUGGACCCCAUAACUGCCUUUGGAGACCCCACAGGUGUCGGAGGACCCUGGACUGUGGCCGUUGCCAGACGCAGCCCUCUUGCCUUGUUCUYGGGCCACCAAGGGGCCGGGGUAGGGCAGAGGCGGGCCUUCAGCGCCGUGGCUGGUUUCCACGUGCACCAGGAUSAAGGUCCUGCACUGUGGCCUCGCAGAGCCAUCCCAGGGCCCACUUCUGAGCUCAGGCACCUCYGUGGCCCCAGCCUCUACCUCCAGCACCUGCUUUGCCGCUGGUCCUCCCCAGCCCCAGGACGACCACGGACAGGUGGUGAGUCACAGAGCAGGGCUCCAGAGCGUGGCUACAGGAAGGUCUUCACCCCAGGCCCCAGGGUUUGGGGRUCAGUAAUAUUAAAAUUCUCUCUCUUAAAAAAAAAAAGAAGUUAGAUGUGUCCUCGUUUUGUUCUGUGUGUGGGGGUGCCRGGAAUUGGACCCCUAGGCAAGCACUCCCCUAGAGCUACGUCCCCAGCCCUUGUCGUUCAUUCUGAAUACGUGGAUUCUGUAAUUAAAUUCAUACUA